UGUCUGGAGAGCGCUGACACAUUGCAAAACAAGGCUGAUAACAUACGGAUAGAUAUGUUUAAGUGCGUUUAAUCCGUUAGAAAAACUCUAACGUUAACACAUCAACUGUUACCAAUUAAUUCAAUUCCGAAAAGUGUUUAGUACGGCAAUGCGAAAGGCGCAGUCUGCAGUGUCUAGCGCCGCCGAUGAUGAAGUGGUGCAGCUCCGCGCGCUCUGGAGAAGAUACGAGCAUCACUGCACGCAGACUAACAGCUGUCCCAGUGCAGUGCUCAGACAGGACAUCCUUCACCAAAUCGACAGACAGGAGCCUCUCAAAAAGAUAAUGCUGUCAUUUCCAGAAUGUGGGCCUUCAGACACUGUCCUCCCCAGCCUUCAGCCUCUGUUAAUGGCUAUACGAGACGAGCGUUACACACAUGCACAAGAAUUCCACAUCUGGAGUUUGUCUCUCAAGCAAAAAGAUAUAGUUGAGCUGUGUCUUCUUUUGGAGAAGAGGGGGAGGACAGUUUAUCCCUUCAAAUUACUGGAGCUACUUGAUUGCAAACUAACUGAAGGGUCUCUGGAAAGACUGAGCAAGGCUGCAGGCAUCAGCUUCCUCACCACUCUCUGCCUGGACUACACACGCGUGGGACCAGAAGGGUUGAAAGGUUUGCUGAGUGGAGGUUUGGGGGUCAGUCGAAUAUCCUCCCUGAGUUUGUGUUAUUGUGGUUUGGGUUCAUGGAGUGGAACUCUGCUGGCUUCACUCCUCACCAACAGUUCCGUGAGGGAGCUCUACAUCAAUGGCAAUGAGCUGCAGUGUGGGGGUGCCAUUGAGCUGCUGAAACCUGUGGCUGAAAACAGCCAAAAACUGGCAGAGAUCCAAAACAGGACCACAUCCAUCACAGGGAAGAAGACAAAGAAGAAAAGAGAAAAAACCAAGAGCGGCCAUGGCGCCGCAGGAGGCCCGUGGCUAGAGAAGCUGCACAUGUCUGAUAAUUCCAUUGAUGACUCAGGAAAGGAGGGAUCGAAUCAACUAAAUAAAUUCCUGGAGAUCCUUUGCAUUAUAAUUAAAUUCUCCAGUUGCCUGACCGAACUGGAUCUUGGUGAGAAUCACAUUGGAGAAGAUGGUGGGAAAGUGUUUUUAGAAGCCCUGAGAGAGAGACAAGCAGCUAAGCUAUCUGCAAUAAAAAUCCAGGUUUCAACACGCAUGUCCACAGAAACAUUCAGUGCCAUUUUGAAAAGUGCAAAGGAGCUUAAAUCUGGGAAAAAGAGAAGAAAGACUAAGGGAAAAAAGAAAUAGUCCGUCUGGAGGAUAUUGAAGGAUAUUGCUGACUGACACAAGAAUGUUCUUCCAGACUAUUUCGCCAUGUUUUCAAUUUGUUGCUACAGUUUUUUAGAAAUCAUCUUUUUUAUUUGUGGUCUGAAUUGGGUUUGACAACAGGCGUGCACCAAAUGUGACCACACAGCAGACUCCCAGAUUAUGAACCACUUAUUUGUCGGUGGUGCACUAGCAGGGGUUCGGGAACGGAAAUUAUUUUAUGUCGCUCCAUUGGGAGCUUGAAAUAGCACGAGGAUGUUUGUUCUUAAGUGCUUCUUUCUUUUUCUUGUCCCUUAAAGUGCAUACUUGUUAACAGAAUGUUUUUCUUUUUUUCUUUUUCAUAACAGUUUAAUACAUUAAAUGUUUAUAUUUUAUAAUAAUGUUAUAAAAUGCGAAAGAUAUAGUUAGCAUUUAUUACUGUGUCACUGAGUGUGUAGUAUACUUGUUAUAUGGAGAGCAGACUAGAUAUGUUUUCUGGUACAUUUGGUUUUGUCUCCAUCCUGUGGCCACGAUUGAUAUUGCACUGUGUUGGGUUCAUUUCUAUGGAUUUACAAUCCACAGGCUGGUCGCCUGUUUUACCUUGUACUUCUGCCUCUGUAGUGGUACAUCACAAAAUAAUGUGCAUCCGAACAUGAAAUUUGACUGCAGAAUUUCUCUUGUCUAGAUUACAUUAUAAGGAAUGCCUGAUUGUAUGGCUUUAAAUGUUGCAGAAUAACAAUGCAAAAUUAAAUACCAUAAACAAUAAACUUUUUGUAUCUGUUUGAAAUAGCCAAACAAAUUAUUUACCAAUAUCUUUUAACCCAAUGUAGACUUGCACUUUACUUAUAUUAAACUUUUUAAUGGAUUACUUGAUUUACUAAAACAUGGCUUAAAUCUUUCUAACACAAAUUAAAUUUAUUCUUUGUUCCUGAAUAAUUUAAUUGUAUUGCAUUUUUUUUUAAAUAUAUAUUUUAUUGUUUAAAUCUUACAGUACACUCGGCUAAUUAAGAAUUGUAAAUCUGAAAAUGUUACUCAUCUCUUCAAAACCUAAAUAAAAAUGUUUUUCCAUAAAAAGUAGUCAGUAAUUCAAUCCAUGCAUUUUAAUUUG